UGAUAUGUGAGUCCGUCGAUCCUCGUCCGAGCAAGAGCCAUGCUGAUCCAUGUCGUUGCACAUCGUUCGCAGGCAGAAACACUUAGCAACGGUCACUGUGUAAUGAUACAGUCCAAGGUACUCUCUGUGUCCUCCGGCUCAUCACCCUUGGAGAGUAUUGUUCAGCUCAUUUCUGCUGCUGUCAUUAUCUUCGAGCACUCUUUCUAUAUUUUCGACCAGCGGCCCUAUCUUCAGGACAGGCAGAAUUCUGAUCCCUGCUUUUACGUCGCUCUGGAGCAGUACAUGCCAUCUCCUCAUGCAGCUGCUGUCAGGGAAGGUGUGAGCGUAGCCGUCCACGCAUUCCAAGGACGCUCGUCUACUUCGAAAGUCAAGCGAUUGUUUGGACGCUUCCAGCCAGGAACACAAUCCAUUCGUGACUCCCAAAAGAUGGAGUUGGUCGACACAAUUGUUAAAAUUGCUUUAGAGCAUCGUCUGCCAAGACCUCAACAACAAGCAGUGCAACACAACACAGAUGGUAUCUGUUGAGGUAGUCUCAGGAGGUGGAAUUGUACGAAGUGGUUGCACGAUCACGAAAUAUAGCGCUUUCUCUGGUAUGGUGUACGGGUGUUUGAAGCAUGUGAGUCGCCCUCAGCUGGGACGGUGGUGA